GACACGGCGGCAGCGCCGAAUAAACAACUCCUUGUGGGCUGGGCGGGUCGUCGUCUCUCGCACUCGUCCCCGGUGUUUCCUCGCUGACGGCGUGUGUGUGGACGAGUGGACGUGCGGACGGGGCUCUGUUCCGGUCGUGCAGCUGCAGCGGCCGGUAUAUCGGAAACAUGGCGUUCUUAGGUGGCCAGCCGGGUGGCGUGGCGAACAAGAUUACCAAGUCGAAGGGCAAGGUGGUCAAGCCGAUACUGAAGAAGCUGUCGCACUCGGAAAAGAACUCGCUGGAUUUGGAUCGCGGGUGGGAUGAGCAGCAGGUCGAGCAGCUGGUUGGGGAUGAUUGGGAGGCGAAGGAUGUGAGUUUUGGAUUUGCAGGAGGGCUUGGGGCAAAUGACAGCAUCGUGGCUGCCGGCGCAGGAAGCGGCUUCCGCCCAAACCCCAAGUUCCAGCAUGGCCGGUCUGGCUCUCAAACCUCAGCCGGCAGCGGACCUCGCGGUGGUGCCUUCGUGCAUCCUUUCGCCCAGACACCGCGAACGUCAACACCGCCGCUGUCCUAUGCUAACUCCCUGGCGUCUUUUGACAAUGGGCGGGACUGCUCGCCCACGAUAACCGAAAACGAGGACAAUAGCGAUUUUCAGGCGACUGCCACCCCCAACUUGCAUUCGCAUGCGCACUCGCAUACAUUCUCGCAGCCACAACUGCCAGCUGCCUCGCAGUCGACUCUCAGGCGGCCGUCACUGAACAGUCAGCGGACCUCCUCGUUUCCCGACAUUCCCGCAUCCAACCCACCCUCUCUCCGCAUCAUUACCGGUCGAUCUGUGUCCGGGACGACUGCGACAUCCUCGCGCUUCGUACCCGGCAGUCUUCCCACCGGCAGCCACUCCGACCUCCAUGUUAAUGCGCAUAGCCUGAGCGUCAGCGCAGUCGACACGCUCGACUCCCCCACCGGAAGCCUGCGCUGUGGCGGCAGCGUUUCCGCCUCCCAUCAGCAGCAAUCGCACUUACCCCCCCUGCGCGCGUCGCUCGAUAUGGGCCAAUUCCCGCGCCUGCGCAGCCGGUCCGAGCUGGACACGGCGACUCGCCAAGAGAACAUUCGCAUCGCCCGCCGCAAGUUCGAAGAGCGCGAGCGGGCCAAGGAGGAGAAGUACGACCGGGAGAUGAUCCGCAAGCGCGAGCGUCGCGAGAACAAGGAGGCCACCCGCAUCGAGAAAGGGGAAGCACCAUCGCGCCCGUCAUUCCACCGCAAGAGGACCCCCACGGCGCUCUCGACCGUCUCGGCCCCUACCGGUGCAGGCGUUGGUGCGAACAGUUCGCCUGUCGGCGGUCUCUUCGCCCAUUCAACCUCGCGUCUGGCGUCUUCUGCUCCGGCCAAGAGCGGCGGCGUCGGGCUUGGCAUUGGUCGACGCCGUCAUACCGACAACGAGGCGACGGACAUGUACGCCCAGACAGAGAAGCCGGUGGGGUUCGCCAGCCGCCGGUACGAUAGCGUCCCGGUCGAGGCGCCGCCCUCGUUUGGCGUGACGGUGCACGACGUGCAGUUCGAGCAGACGCGCCCCAGGAGGGGCAGCAGCGCCAAGCGGAAGACACAGAGCUACUGGCAUGGCUUCCUCCUCUGGCUGAGGACGAAGCUGCUCCGGCUGAGCCGGCACUAGCUCGCUCCCCGCACCAUUCGACUUGUCGUG